UCUCCUGCCUGGUGACAUGAAACAAGGAGCAGCAUUAUUCAUCAAAGAGGCUGCAAACAUAUCUCAGCAAACGAUGAAUGCUGCAGAGCAGGGGAUUGCUCUGCAGAGGCUUUAACAAGAUCAGUCACCUUAUGGUGGUGCACCUGACUCUGAUCUACCCGUCCAUCCCAAGUUGAUACAGAUAAGGUAGUUGAUGUGCUGCUUGAUGGCCAGGAUCUUUUUUCAUCUCAAACUGAUAAGAAAUUGUAAUCAGGCCACAGAUGAAUUACAAAUGAGAGUCCUUCCAUCCGUUGCCUCAACAACCAGAUGUGCAAGUUAAAGACUUCCAGUGAUCUUCCAAAGUUAAAGAACUGCCACAGAAGAAGCAUCUGUAUUGGAAUUAGGAGCCAGCAAGGCCCAAAUCAGCACUGAUUUCCUUGCACUUGCCCACAAUGGAUUUAUUGCAGACAGAAGAUUGGAUACCAAGAGCUGAACUUCCAUUCUUCACAUUUCAGCCUUUUCAGACUGGAAGAUGCGCUAAUCUGUUGCAACACUUGACAAAGGGCCUUAAAGACUAAGGCAUUUCAUUCAGCGCAGGCUCUCGUAGCCUCCACCACAGUGGGCUUCGCUUCAGAUGCUGUCCUCUGUGGACUUCAUCUGAGGAAGUGAGCGGCAGUGUAUGAAAGUCUAUGCCGGAAACAACUACAGGGGAAACAAAGAUAUUUGAGGUAUCUGACAAGAACAAUAGGGGGUGAAAAUCUGGGAGUUGCCGUCCCAGCACCAGCUUCGGAAGGCCUUUCCUUGGAGAUAUACAGAAGACAAGUCAUUAGGAUGAAGCCACUCGCAGAAGAAGCGGUAGAACAAUACAUCGAGAAUAAGGUGAAUAUGAGGCACCGAGUGGUAUCCAAAACUGUGGACGAGGUGCAAAAAAUCAUACAACAAUUAACCACAGAUGUUAGCAACAAGGACGCUCGUUUUCAGGCAAUCUCCAACUCCGGCGUUCAUAAUGAGAACUUGAAGGAUCAGCCAGCCUUACUGGCCAAAUGGUCAGCUCUGCUUCAGGGGAAGCGCCCCUUCCACCCAUCUAUCCAGGUCUUAGCACCAAACCAGUUCCUGAUCACAGUCCCCUUGCUUGGCCUGUCUGGGUACAAAGAAGGCCAGAGACGACACUGGCGUUACUACACAGCCCAUGGAGCAAAGCUCCUGUCUCCUGUCAGGGACCCGGAAGAGCUACAGCAGUGGCUGGAAGUAGAGCAGUUCUCCAAGAGCCUCCAGCAGUGGCAUGAAACGGAUGUGAACAUUGAGGGCGACCUCGUGCCUGCCAAGAUCCUUGCCGUCUUCCGAGAGCUGCUGGAGAAAUCAAUUGUUUCUUGCCAUCUUGCAGACAGAGUCAGCAUCUUAGAAGGCUUUGGCUCAGUGGUUCGCAUUGCUUUUGAGACAACGGAGUUCCAGGUGGAGGUCGAGCUGGCGCCGACGAUCGAAAUCCCAACAUGUUGGCCGCGAAAAAUCAAAUGGCCCCGAUGUUUCAAGCACUGGCCUUCCCAGGAAAAAGUACAGUACGUUAAGUCUUUCGGCUUUGAUCUCUUGGCCUCUUCCAAUUACCACUGGAACCUGAGCUUCUCACGAGCGGAGCGCAUGUUGAUGGAGGGACUUGAUGAGGAUGGCGGUUGCCGCAUGAGGUGCUUCCGGGUUAUGAGGCAGAUGAAAGAGGAUGUCUGGUGCGCAGGGAGCAAGCCAAUCCUCACCUCCUUUCACCUGCAGAUGGUACUUUUCUGGACCUGUGAGAAGUACCCUCGCUCCAAAGACUGGCGGUGUUUCCGCAAAGGUUUCCUACGGAUGGUCAGGAAGUUGCACAAAUGUGUGAGCCAGCACUUCCUGAAGCACUACUUCAUCAAGAACACCAACCUGCUGAAGUAUGCCAACACCAAUGAGCUAGACAUGGUGGCGAGCCGGCUGUCUAUCUUCUUAGAGAACCCGGUGCUCCCCAUGGACUGAGAUGAAUGAUGGAGGAACAGGCUUCUUCUAAGCCAUCCUUGGACCUGAUCUUCAGUUUCCCUGUGCAUAUGGUUAUCCCUUCAGAUGAUGAGUAGUGAGCAUAGAGGCAAACGGAUAGAAUAUAGAAGCAAGCUCUUCCAUGCUCUGAUUUAUUAGUUUGCUUAAGUCUCAGCUCUUUACUGUGGAGCCAACCUAUUGAAAACGUCCAAAAGCAGAGAAGGGACAUGUGAACCCAUUAGGAUGAGUAUUGGCAUUGGUUGGCAUUAGUAAUAUGUAAGCUUUCUGGGUUGAAAUUGCAAAGCAUAGAUCUUAGCUACGGCUAAGCAAGCAAAAGUAACUCUGCUGUUCUGUAGCUUAGCCUGUUUCUUCCCUUCUGGGAAAUGGGGUUAACAAGGAAAACUGGAAACAUCUUGAGGACCAUCUGAUUUGUGGACUCAGGUGGAGGUUUUUCAAAAGUGGUGGACCAGCUUAUCAUUUUUUUACCUGUUAGAUGUUCCAGUUGUUACAACUUGUGGCUUUUCCUCCCUUCUUCCUCUUCUGACAAUGCAGCUCUGGUCUGUGGCAUCUUUUUUUUCUCUGUGUGGUUAUUUCUACCACUGUCUGUGGUUAUUUCUCGUACCUGAUUGCAUGCACAAGAUAUGUAUGUAUAGCACAUUGAAGCAGGUACGUAAAACAUAAGAGUACUACAUGCCCCUGCCUCCAUGGUAAAUCUGAUCAUUCCAAAUGCCUGCAGAGUUUAAACCUUCUGGGGAAUCAGGGACGUGUACUGCUCAUUCACAUUUGUAUUCAUGGAUGGAAUCUUGUGGAAAAUAUUCAAUACCUGUAUUUGAAAAAUGCAAUAAAAGAUUGUGUUAGUUGGAAA